CCUUCCCCAACAUCACACUCACCGCGUCUGUCCGCCACAUCAAAACUCCUCUCUCUCUCUCUCUCUCUCUCUCUCUCUCUUUUCAAUGGACUCCACCAGCUUAUGCGACCGCCGAUCGCCGUCGUCGGACCGCUUCCUCGGCCUCUUCUCCUUGUCGCUGCCCUCCUCGGCCGCCGGCGAGGAGCUCAACGAGGCGGAGGUCUUCUGGACGACCACCGACGACUUCGCCGAGCCAGAGGAGACCACGAACAACCACCGCCUGACCUUCACCCGCCCCCAAAAAUCCGGAAUUCUGGCGGUCCUGCCCGAGCCCGAUCCCCCGGCCCAAGUCCUCUACCGCAAGCCCUCACUCUCCAACCCCUCCAACUCCAAGCCAAUCCCUUCGAUUCCAAGGCCGUCUCUGCAGAGUCAAACCUCCUCCGACGCCGGCCAGACCCAGUCGGUGCCUUCCACCAGAAGGUUCCAGCAGCACUCGGCGCCGAUGAAGGUGCCGGUGCUGUCCAAGGCGAUGAUGAUGGAGCGGCGCAGGAACCUCGGCGACCUUGCUGACGUGGUGGAUGACGACGACGGCGGAGAUGAGGAGAUGCUGCCGCCGCAUGAGCUGGUGGCGAGGGGGUCGGAGGUGUCGGCGAGGACCACGUUUUCGGUGCUGGAAGGCGUGGGGAGGACUCUCAAAGGUAGGGAUUUGCGUCAGGUCAGGAAUGCAAUUUGGCGCAAGACUGGCUUUCUCGAUUAGUCUGGCUUUUUGCAGACGAAGAAUAAUAAGAAGAAUCUAAGGUUUUUUUUUCUUUUUUGGGUAUAACCGUACCAAAUGGGGAGGUUUUUUUUUUUUGUCUGCUUUCUUUAAAUCUGGGUUAAUCAAAAAUUGGGGGUUUUUGGAUAUACCCAAUUCUCUGUUUUGAAUUUCUGAACAAUGGGUAAUCGGCUAUGUACUAUGUUUUGGUGAUGGCAAGUUUAAUAUAAUCUAGGCCAUUAUUAUGUUAA